AUGCCAGGCGAACCGCUUCCCGUGCUCCCAAAAUUUCCUUGCUUGUGUCGGGCUAUUUACUCAUGGAGUGGAGAGACCAAACGCGAUCUUGGCUUCGUUGAGGACGACCUUAUCGAAUGUCUCAAUGCUGGGGAUGGGUCAUGGUGGAUGGGACGUCUCAAGCGCAACCGGCAGCAGAUGGGGCUAUUUCCUUCAAAUUAUGUUCAGGUCAUCGAGGGUACGAUUUCUCCUUCGAGACCAGUCUCAAGGAAUGGAGCUUCAAGUCCAAGGUUUGGAGGUGGUGGAAGUAUUACAAGAGCGAUAUCACCAGCCCCUACUCACUAUUCAAGAGCAGCUUCUCCGGCCCCUACUCAUUACUCAAGAGCAGCUUCUCCUGCUCCUACUCACUAUUCGAGAAUAGCUUCUCCCGCCCCUACCCAUUACUCAAGAGUACCUUCACCGCAACCGCCUACACAUUAUUACCUUAACGAACAGCGAGCACACUCCCCCAUGCCUUACCAACACGACGACCGACGAUCACGUUCUCCUAUACCAUAUCAACAAGGAUAUAAUUCAAGAUCUAAUUCUCCAAAUCUAUACCCUCGAGGAGUCUCUCCAAAUCCCUACACAAGGGGAGCAUCGCCAGCGCCGUCGGUAUCGAGAAGAGAAUAUAACACAAGAGCAGUCUCUCCAGCACCCCCGGCGCAUUACAGCGCCAGGGCGCCUUCGCCCGCAGCAUCCAUGAUGCAGUAUCACUGUUCAGCAUCUCCGAACCCUUAUUUAGAUCAUGAUGACCAGGACAUAAUCAGCGCCCCGCCAGUACCUCCACCGCACAGGUAUCAACGUGCCAGUUCGCCUAGUCUACCACUAGAUGGACGACGUACACCGGCGCCAAAUGGCGCGCACUCUCCCGCGAUACUAGGAAACACACCAAGCCCGUUAAGGAAUGCCAUGGAAGAUGUAAUGGAAAGCCUGCAGCACAUGACAGCGCGUGAUGACAACCGUACCAAAACCCCUGUUGACCCUUGGUCGCCAGAAGCGUUCGUUCAACAAUACCACUCAUCACCUUCAGCAAGGAAGAGCUAUGUACGCCCAGAAACCUCUUUAGGCAUAGGUGACCGGAGCGAAGGAUAUCCCGAUGAGGACGAAAAUAUCAUGACUAUGUAUUUCGAUAAUCAACGUUCAACGAAUUUUAAUAAUCAUAGUGAGAGGGUCGAUGACCGAAAUGGGAGGUUCCAGCAGUCUAGCCACCUAUCAGACCGAUACCGAAAUGACGAUGAUGACCUUCCCCCGCCACCGCCACCGAAAAAUACAGCUUAUGACAGCUACCGUCCUCAAACAGGAGACCCGAUAUCAAUAAAUAACCGAAAAUCAAUGUAUGAUAUGGGUCGCCGGAGCCCUGGGCCAAAUAAGCUUAUUCGCCCACGACCACUCUCUAGAACAACAACAAUCAAAUCCAGUGCGACAUCCAAUCAAUCCAGUAGCACAAAUGCCACUGGCUCAACAGCUUUGACUAGUGCAAGCAUCAUGAGUAGCAUGAGUGCCGGGGGUUUUUCAGCAACUAGCGCUGGAAGCCUGGCACGUAGAAAGGAAAAGGCUAGAAGUGUAAUUGGUGUGAGUGGUAUGAGUGCACAAAAGCAAGUGCUUGCAGGAUAUGGGAGAUCUGAAACUCCCAUUUUUGGUUCUGGAAGCGGUUCUGGAUCGAGUUCUGGUGGUGUCGGGCCAGGCAUGUUGAGAAGAGGACAAACUUGGGCUUCGGAAACUUCAGGCGGUGCGCUCGGGGGGCUGGCGUCGCCAAAACCGGGCCCCAAGCCCAAAAAAACGGGGUUUCUCAAGAAGAUUUUAAACAGCGCGAAGACCAGCACUGCUUCCGCAAGAAGCUUAGCAUCAGGCACCAGUUCCCCUGUUCCAAUUACGACACAAAAAACUAUACCAGACGGAAUCAACCCGAUAUCUGGAGGGCGAACACCAAUGCAAUUGCAAAGCCAAGAUUGGGUUCAAGUUCGAAGGGAUGUCAAUCGAUCAAAUACUCUAUCACGAAACGAACGAAUAGAGAGACAAGAGAAACAACAAUUGAUGGAUCAGAUUGUCCUUCGUCCCGUUGAUGCCUUGGAUGACGAUGUGGAUGGAGAUGAAGGUGCAGAUGGACGCCCAGUGGAAAAUCCAGCAGAUUUUGACACAGCAAAUCUGGCAUUGGUUGAUAAGGGGACGAGAUUCAUUGGAAACCUACCUCCGCUCACAACGCCUGAGAGCCUUGCGGCGCAUCAUGUUUGCCGCCCAUACCGCAGCGACCUGCAGCGUUUACGUGCUAUUUUCACCUGGGUUUCUGAGAAGAUUGCUUGGGAACAUCCAAGCGGGCCUUUAGGAAAUCCCGGUCAAGCGGGAGCGGAUCCUAGAAGCGUUAUCCAGCAGAGAAGAGGGGGCCCAGCUGAGGUUGCAGAGGUAGUUAUGGGAAUGUGUAUGGCAGUAGGGAUUCACUGUGAGAUUGUGGCAGGCUACCUGAAAGUUCCUGGUGAAGCUUUAGACGUCGAAAUGUGCCCACGCCCAAACCAUUGGUGGAAUGGAGUGAUUGUGGAUGGCGAAUGGAGAUUCAUGGACUGCUCGCUUGCUUCGCCAACGAAUCCCAGAAGGGUUAUGUAUUCAUCAGCAUCUACUUCACAGGCAGAACUCUUCUACUUCUUGACCAAACCAAGCCAUCUUUGCUGGACACAUGUGCCGCAAAGAGCAGAACAACAACAUAUGGUUCCUCCAUUGCCGAUGGCAAUACUUCUUGCCCUACCAUCCGCCUGUCCGCCAUUUUUCAAGCACAAUUUACAAAUGAACAACUUCGACACAAGCCUUACCCGAAUUGAAAAUUUGGAAGUCGCCCAAAUCGAGUUCACUGUUCCCAUAGAUGUGGAGUGCAUUGCCGAAGUGGAAGUACGAGGGUUCGCAGUUGACCAGAGUGGUGAUUUAUUCGAGAGCGGAAACGUCACCAAAAAGAGGGCACUUUGCCAAGUUGUUUGGGAGAAUGGGGUUAAAACAUACAGGGUUAAAGCAGUACUGCCUGGUGAUGAAGGGCACGGUGUCUUGAAAAUCUACGCCGGACACAGGGGCUUGAUCCAUUCGAUGCGUGAUAACCCACAUCCCCUAGCAUUUGCCUUGCCAAUUAUUCAUACGGGUGAAAACCCUCCUUAUGACUUUUUGGUUCGGCACCCGACACCUCAUGCGCAACGCCACGAUCUCUACGUAUCUCAACCACAAUGUGCUAGAUUGGCGGUCAAUAAUACAUUUGUCUUCGCAGUGCGACAACAUCCUAGUGAAGGAUUGACUAGCGAUAGCUUGAAUAACGGGCCGAAACCUGCCAAAUUAGCUAUACAAACACCCGCUGGAAAAAUUUUGAGAUUAAUGAAAAAGGCCGAUACCAAUGGAGCCGAAAAUGGAAUGAUUUGGGAGACAAUAAUUAAAUGCGGCGAGCGAGGCGCUUGGAGAGCCUUGGUUUUAGCAGAUAGAAGCGCUAGGUGGUGUGUCUACGCUGAGUGGACGGUAGUAUAA